AUGUGUACGGCGCCCACGAGUUACGGGAGCAAUGGGUCGGCGAACAAGAACAACAGAACAUUCGAGACAGAAAGCUCGCGGAACAACGACAGCGUGCUACUCAGUGGGAAGAACGCCAAAGGAAAGAGAAGGCAGAAGCACGUCGUAGGCAGGAAGAGAUUCAGCGUAGGCAAAGACAGGAAGAAGCAGCCCAACGUGCGGCCGCUGAAGAGGCCGAAAGAAGAAGGAGAGAAAGACUGA